AUGGGGGUGCUAGCGAUCGUGAGGCGGUGGAGGAGGGACGAUCUGAUCCAGAAGGGCUCCCUGGUGCUCCGGGGGCUAGCCCUGUUGUUCUCGCCGCUCGACUUCAUCAUCAUGGCGAGCAACAAGCACGGCGACUGGAAAGACUUCGAUAGAUACAAGGAAUUCAGGUAUCUGUUGGCGAUAUCGAUCCCAGCGACCUUGUACACCGAAGUGCAGGCGUUGCGGCAUGUCCACCAGAUUUCCAUUGGGCAGGAUCUCGUCAAGCGCCAAACGUCGGCACUGAUCGACUUCGCCAGCGACCAGGUUGUGGCAUACCUCCUGAUAUCGGCAGCAUCUUUGGCCGUGCCCAUGACCAACAGGAUGAGAAACAAUGUGGAUAAUCUAUUCACCGACUGCUUAGCGGCUUCGAUAAGCAUGGCCUUCUUUGGCUUCCUCACGUUGGCUUUGUCUGCACUUAUUUCGGGAUACAAACUCUCAACCCAGUCCUACAUUUAG